AUGGUCAUGGCGGAGGGGACGGCAGUGCUGAGGCGGAACAGGCCGGGCACCAAGGCCCAGGAUUUCUACAACUGGCCUGAUGAGUCCUUUGAGGAAAUGGACAGUACGCUGGCUGUUCAGCAGUAUAUUCAGCAAAACAUAAGGGCAGACUGUUCCAACAUUGAUAAGAUCCUUGAACCUCCUGAAGGCCAGGAUGAAGGUGUAUGGAAGUAUGAACAUCUAAGACAGUUCUGCCUGGAGCUCAAUGGACUGGCUGUCAAGCUUCAGAGUGAAUGUCACCCAGACACAUGCACUCAGAUGACAGCAACUGAACAGUGGAUUUUCCUCUGUGCAGCUCACAAAACUCCCAAAGAGUGUCCUGCUAUAGACUACACCAGACACACACUUGAUGGAGCUGCUUGUCUUCUGAAUAGCAAUAAAUACUUCCCCAGCAGGGUUAGCAUAAAGGAAUCAUCCGUAGCCAAGUUAGGAUCGGUGUGCCGACGGAUUUACAGAAUAUUUUCACAUGCGUAUUUUCACCACCGGCAGAUAUUCGAUGAGUAUGAAAAUGAAACUUUCUUGUGUCACCGGUUCACUAAGUUUGUGAUGAAGUACAAUCUGAUGUCCAAGGAUAACCUGAUUGUACCAAUUUUGGAGGAAGAAGUGCAAAAUUCAGUCUCAGGGGAGAGCGAGGCAUGAGGGGCUAGCCAGGCAGAGGCCUGUGCUGCCUACCAACAUGAAAUCUGUACUGUAUAUAUCAUUUUAGACACUUCAAUCACUAUCCCUUAGCUUUGG